UAUUGACAACUAGCUAUUGUGUGUACGCUGCGUAAAAGUAUUUCAUUUUUUUUGUUUUUUGUUUUUAAAACCGACCGGAAUAUAAAUUGUUUAAAGAAAAUUCAAGAGGAUAUCUAAAUAGAAGGGACAGUCGUUGAAAAUUGUAAAAUUUAAAUUGAAUUGACUAAGAAACUGUGUGAGCAAUAAUCGGAACGCAAUUGUUGAAACAAUGAUCGGAAAUUGGCAACGCACUCUGGAAAACUAUUGGACGAACACUCAGAAUGAAACGGAAGCAACGCUACAAUUCGUGAAAGAUGAUUUUCGAUGCAACGGACUUCCCUUUGACGAUAAAUUCAAGGAAUACUUUUUGCGAGAAACGAAUGAUCGUGUCGCUCAAGCAUAUGAACGAAGUCUCAGGAAAGCUAAACUCGAAGAGCAACUCAUUGGAAUUCAUUCUCGGAAUCAGGAAUUGACCAACAAGAAGACGACCACCGAUGAAAGCAGAGGGACAGUAAACAACAUACCGAAUAACUGCAAUCAGCCAGCGACUGACACAAUUGUACCAUCCACAAAUGAAACGGUGAAUACAGUUGCCGAUUGGCCACAUUUAUUACCGUCUUCUACGCCAUUUUAUUUUAAGCCGAGAAAUGAAACGUUUCAAUCAUUCACAUCGCCUUUGGCCAACAACAUCGAUCCGGAAAAUGCCACUGGAUCGGUAGAGGCACAAGUCAACGAGUGCCAAGUGGCUAUUUCGAGUGGAAUUGAUCGAAAUGAGAAUGUAGUUGGCAUUGACAACCCAAUCGAUACGACGAUGGGAAGCCAAGCACCGAGUACUUCUACUUUUAUGCAGCCAACUGUUGAUUUCAUUGCACCACAGGUGGUGCCGAAAGUAAAUCCUGAACCAAUGGCUCCUAUGAAUGAACAGCAAUCGAUGCAAAAGACAACACCAUUGCAUCAGUUUUCAUCUCUUGACUCACAGAAUGAGUCUGAAGUGAGCGUGCCGAGCAGUGAUACAUUUCAACCAUUCACAUCGUUUUUGGACAACAACAUCGAUCCGGAAAAUGUCACUGAAUCGAUCGAAGCAAUGAUUGGCAACGAAUCAAUAAUGACCGCUCAAAUCAACCAGUCUCAAGCGACUAUUUUGACUGGGAUUGAAAAAGAAAAAUCAAUAACAACUGCCUGUCAAGCACAGAGUGCUUCUGCUUCUGCAUCUAUUCAGGCAACCAAUGAUUUGCUUGCACCAGUGAUAGAGCCGGAAGUAAUUGGAGUCAACCAAUGCAGCGAUGUGAAUGCUAUGAAACAAACUACGACUCCUCUCCGUGGAUUGUUUGAGGCACACAUCAUCCCAAGCGAUGAAACACUUCAACGAUUUGCAUCGUUUGUGUGCAAUAACAUCGAUCCGAACAAUGCGGCAGCAUCACUUGGAGCAAUAAUCGGCACAAUGUCCGCAAAAGCCUUCGAGUCUCAAGCCACGCAUACGAAUGGAAUGGCCGUGAAUAAAUACGAAUUGCGAAAUAACAUAGAGAUCAACGAAAUGGCCAAUGAAAUGAUGGCAAAUGCUCACCCGGAUCCAAUCAUUAGUGAAUGUGACGAUAUGAAUGCACUACAUGCUCUAAAAGAGAAAGCGAUUAACGACGAUCUACCAAACGAUACGAUGAUUGUUGAUUUGACAACUGAAAAUGAUGGAGCAUUUCCAGAAAAAGCGGACAGUCAAACCUACCAGAAGGAGGUAAAGCAAUUGACAACGAUUCAACGACGAAAAAGAAAAAAUGAAGAACCAUCAACAUCGAAUGGCAAUUUAAAGAAGAAGCGGAAGAUUGCACCACGUUCAACAUUGAAAACCAUUCUUUCAGAAUCGCCUUCGAUUGAUUUGAGAUCAGAAGAAUCACGAAGUGUUAAGCAGUCAAAAAUCGCGGGUGCUCAACGGAGUCAACGAAUUAAAAUCAAUUCAAACGGUGCUGAACAAGAGAAAAGAUCGAUAUCAAAUGGAAAAUCCAAAACAAAAUGUGAGUUUUGUAACUAUGUUGCCAGAUCUCAAUCACAACUGAUAAUACACACACGCAUACAUACUGGCGAGAAACCAUUUCAAUGCAAGAUUUGUGCGAAAAGAUUUACUCAAAAGAUCACUUUGAAAACGCACAUGAGAACUCAUGCAAAUCAAUUCCCAUUUCAUUGCUCGAUUUGUCGACAGGGAUUCGCGGUGAAAUGGGCAAAGGAGAAGCACGAGAAAAAUUGUAAUCAACGGCUAUAUAAAUGUUACUUGUGCAAAUAUCAUACACUAUACAAAGAAAGCUUAGUCAAACAUAUGCGUCUUCACACCGGAGAUAAACCAUUCCGUUGCUCUCUUUGCUCAAAACGAUUCGUUACAAAAUAUCAUAUGAAACGGCAUCAAAAACGUCAUCAAAACAAAUCUAAGUGAGUUUUGUUGCAGCUUUUCUUCAUUAUUAAAUGUCUAUAAACAAAUUAAAUGUAAAUCUCGUGAAUAUAUCACAAAAAGACAAGCAAUUCUUGCCAUUUAUUCAAAUUGAAAAGUCAUUAUUUGUAUGAAGCACAGAAAAUAAGAUUUAAAAUGUUACAAUUGAGUGUAUUCUAAUUGAAAUUGAGUGUAUUUGUGUCGAAUAUAGAAUUAUUCAAUUCAAAGACAUUUAUUGUGACGAAAAGGACGAAUUAUUACUUUAAAGAAU